GUCUCUUACACGAUAUCGACCCAUCGAGGGCGAAAUAGAACAAGACAAAUCUCCUCAAAUCAUCCAUCCGUUUUCAUCUCCUCCAAAUCACGGCAGCUCGGUGAGCGAGAAGGAGAGGAAGAGCAGAGAGGGGGGGAUGGACGUUCGUCAGCUUCAGCGCCAGUGGAUCGAUCUCAUCUCCGCCCUCUUUCGCGAGGGUUUUCUGGACGCGCAAUUUACGCAGCUUCAGCAGCUGCAGGACGAGAGCAACCCCGAUUUCGUAGUCGAGGUUGUGACCCUCUUCUUCGAGGACUCGGAGAGGGUUCUCAAUGAUCUCUGCAACGUUUUGAGCCAGCAGGUAGUGGACUUUAACAGGGUUGACGCCCAUGUUCACCAGUUGAAGGGGAGCAGCGCAAGCAUAGGAGCACAGAGAGUGAAGAACGUGUGCAUAUCCUUCAGAAACUGCUGUGAGGAAAGAAACCUUGAAGGGUGAGUUAUGGAACGAUGGAAAUUG